UGCAACACGCCGUGCUUUGGCUUUAACUGCUUUUUCCAGAGAUUUUAACUUUAUCACUGAAUCUAAUUUGAAGAUACACAGCAGCAGACCGUGGUUGAGUGAGAUUCCACACUCCUUGGGGGGGAAACAAAUUGACUACCUCACAUCGACCACUUGAUCUGCAAAUUGAUUUUUUUUAACAUGUCAUUGGAAGAAAGAAACAGGUUGAACAUGAGGACCGUGCUGCUUCUCUGCAUUGUAUCUUUGCUUCUCUUUGUUUACCCUGCAGAGGGGCAAUUUCCUAGAGCUUGCUGUACAGUGGAGAGUAUCAGGUCUAAGCAGUGCUGCCCUUCUCUGGGUUCAGAUCCUGCCAACGUCUGCGGCUCUCUGUCAGGGAGAGGAAACUGCAGUGCUGUGCGAGUCGACUCCAAACCCUGGGGGGGACCCUACAGACUCAGAAAUGUUGAUGACAGAGAGAGAUGGCCCACCAAGUUCUUCAAUCAGACUUGCAGAUGUAAUGGUAACUUUGCUGGUUAUAACUGCGGUCAGUGUAAGUUUGGUUGGACAGGUCAGAACUGUGACCAGAGAAAAACACCUGUGCUUCGGAAGAACAUCCACUCCCUAACCAGUGAGGAGCUCCAGGAGUUCUUAGAUGUCCUGGAUCUGGCUAAGAACACCAUCCACCCAGAUUACAUGAUUGCCACACAGCACUGGCUGGGCUUGCUGGGACCAAACGGGACUGAGCCACAGUUUGCCAACAUUUCCAUCUACGAUUUCUUUGUCUGGCAACAUUACUACUCAGUCAGAGACACUCUUUUAGGUCCUGGUCGCCCAUUCAAAGCCAUAGAUUUCUCACAUAAAGGUCCAGCAUUUAUUACCUGGCACAGGUACCAUCUUUUGAGCUUAGAAAGAGAACUUCAGAGACUCACAGGUAACGAGAACUUUGCGAUUCCGUACUGGAACUUUGCCACAGGACAGAGUGAGUGUGAUGUGUGUACAGACUCUCUGCUUGGAGGCAGGAACCCAGAGAACCCUUUCCUCAUCAGUAACCAGUCCAGAUUCUCCAGAUGGGGGAUAGUGUGCAACAGUUUGGACGAUUACAACCGCCUGGUGACUCUUUGUAAUGGCACAAGUGAGGGAUUUAUUCAAAGGGGGUUGGUAGGAAGAACAAACAUGUCUUUUCCUACCAUGACUGAUGUAAGGAGCUGUUUGGGAAUUAGAGACUUUGAUAGCCCUCCAUAUUUUACCAACUCCUCCUUUAGCUUCAGAAAUGCACUUGAAGGGUAUGAAAAGCCAGAUGGAGAACUGGAUGACUCUGUUGACAACCUUCACAACCUUGUUCAUGCUUUGCUCAAUGGAACCAGUGCUUUGUCCCACUCUGCAGCCAAUGAUCCCAUCUUUCUGGUUCUUCAUUCUUUUACCGAUGCAAUUUUCGAUGAAUGGAUGCGCAGGUUUAUUCCAUCCAACGCCACCUACCCAGAUGAAAUGGCCCCCAUCGGUCACAACAGGGACUACAACAUGGUUCCUUUUUUCCCUCCAGUCACCAAUGAAGAGAUCUAUGUCACAUCUGAUCAGCUGGGAUAUUCAUAUGCUAUUUCCCUCGAUGAUGCAGAUGAGGGAGCUGUAUUUGUACUUGGCUCCACGUUGGGAGGUGUCUUUGUUGGUCUACUGGUGCUCCUCCUUAUCUUUGUGCUCUACCUGCGUCAGCGUAAAAACAGAGGCUUUGAACCGCUGAUAAGAGCAGAUUUCACAAACAGAAAGUACACAGAGGAGGCCUAGCUUUUACCUGUGGUUCCAAAAUGAAAUCCCAGCGCUCAAACGUACCUCAGAGCAAUGGAGCUGUCAGUGUAUGAUGUUAGAAAAUUCCCAGUCCUACAAUCGAAUGAAAAACCUUACCUUUAGUUUUUAAGUUUAACCAUUAAAGAACAUUUAUCUUGUGUACAGUGCCUUGCAAAGGUUUUCAUAUGCCCUUAAAUAUUGUUAAAUUUCAUAUUUUAAAACACAAUCUAACAAAAACCAGUUCAAACCAACACAAUUCAUUUAUUGAAAGAGACAGAAAAUUAUAUAUGGAUCUAAUUGAAGAAUGGUACUUUCUAACCCAAAUGUGCUUUAAUAUAUAUUCCAUGGUAGCUGUGGCUAUGUUUUCAAUGUUGUUCUUCUGAAAAAAAUGACAAUUUUUUCAGGCUUUUUAUAGACUUUCCCCCCUAUUUAUUUAGCAGGGGUGUAAAUCACCAGCUUGAUUAUGAUACAAUGUUCUAUUGAUUUAUUGGGAUGAUGCUAGGCUGUUUGCAGAUAUAUUACAGAACAAUUUCCAUUAAAGUCAGUUCUCAAGUCCACGACUGAUUUUAAGUAAUAUCAUUUGACCAUCUAACACAACAAGCUAAAGUAUGAUUUGACCAUUUUUAAUCCAAUCUGUAAAGCAGUUGUUCCAUUAGCAGAUUCUUAGAGUUGAGCUGUUGAUCCCUACAGCUAGAUUGGAGUUACCAAGGGGCUGUUAUCUACUGUUUAGGAAACACUUUCGUCAGCUAUACCUUGGUAGGCUUGUAGUUAUCCCAAUCAAUAGAUUUUUAUAUAACUGAAAAUGCUUGAUAAAAUGUUGAAAACUUAGGAUAUUGUUCGAUAAACGAUAAGUUCUUCCUUCUUCUUCCUGAUGCAGAUCUUUUUUCUUUGUAAAGUUCUGUAAAAGAAACCUUUACAAAACUGCUGUGUAGGCUUAUUUAUUAAGAUGCAUGCUGAAUAUAUAUCUUCAUACCCGACUCAUGAUUGGAGUUUCUACACUUGAUUUCAAUAAUAGGCAUCAGACUGAAUGGAUUUGAGUGCAAAUCAAUGCAACUUUUCAGAUCAUUAUAUGUAUAUAAUUAUUUUUAUAUAGAUCUUUAUGUAUCAGUUUUAUUCCACUCCCCAGUUCUACAUUCUGCAAGUUGCUAAUUCUAAAACGUAAACAAAAGUUUGUGGCAACAUAUUGAAAAGCUUAGGUGGUAUGCAAAGUUUUGGGAGGCACUGUAAAAAAGUAAAAUGUCAAAUUUCUUUUUAAAAAAUAUCUUUAAAAAAAAGUUAUAAAACUCAGUAUUCUGUAAAAAAAACCAAAUCAGAAUUAAUUCUCAAAUGUAUUAAGACAGAAAUGCAAUCAUCUUGACCUCAGGGUUAAUAUACAUUAUGGCAUCUUUGCUCAACUAACUCUUUACCUCUAAAUGAAGAAUAAAUAUAACUGUGAUUUAUAGGAUUGAUGUAAUUCCACACUGGAUGAGCUGUUGUUUUAACUUUUAUUGCAGAAAUGUUACAAAUUCAAUGAUUAAAAAAAAAAUAAAACACAAAAAGGGCAUCUUGUGAGAUCAACAUUCAGAAUAAAGAAUCAUGUUCAUUAAUAAGCACUGAAUAUAUUCUCUCUGUUGGUGUUCCUGCACUGUGGAUUUAAAGAAGUAGCUCAAAACAAUAUUGAAAAGCCAGAUAGAUUUUCUUUAAUAUUUGUGAAGGGGAAA